AUGGAUGAUUAUACUGACUCCGAUAUCCGCAACGCCUGGGGGCAUCCACAAAGGAGUGUCGUCCUGUGGAUAAAGAUCGAAGUCGGUCGAGUUUUCGGUGUUCUGAUGGCUAUCGGCACUGUACGUACAAAUGCGUACAUCCCGCCCUGUGAAUCUUCAGAUAUAAGCAGUGGCUGUCCGUCUUUGUCGGUUCUUUCUUUUCGGUAGAAAUCCUCUCUAAAAAGUUUCAUUCUCCCUUUUGGGAAAUCCCAAAACUUACUUUUUUUUUGCAAUUUUUUUUCAAAUCUGGAGAUUUUUCGAGCGUCUGUUGAAGCAUGUUUAAAAAAAGUUCUUAUUAAAAGCACUCGUAAAAGAGUUACAAAUUCUAAAAGUCUCAAUUAGCGUAACUUUUUUUGGUAUUUCAAAAAAAUAGACUCGAAGGGUCAAUUUGAACCAUUUGGUGUUUGAUUUUUGAAGUCUUUCCUCGAAAAAUGGGGAGUUUUUUUGAGACUCAAUAUUUCACGUUUAAAAUUUAGUACAAAAAAAUUUGAGCAAAUCCAAAGUUCUCCAAAAAAACAUGUGAUGCCUUUUUUUAAAGAAAAAAAUCAAGAUUUAAGAAAAAAAGUUUCUGAUUCAGUUUUUUUCAAAAAUUCUCAAAAGAAUUGACGUUCAGUUCUAAAUUUUUCAAACUAGUGUUCAUCCUCCCGUCGUUUUCUUAGUCAUAAAAUAUAAGUUUCUCUAAUGCAUUCGGUUCAGAGAAAACAAUGGAAACCAUUUGCCUGUCUUCCUUGGUAGAGAACUCGCUGCCGGUGACGGCUCUGGGGGCGUCGUUCCUUCCGAUCAACAACAACUCCGAGUUUCUGAAAAACACCAGCGCUCAGACGGCCACUAUUCUCGACGAACAAGGAAAUAAUCCAAUUGCUUUUGGUUCUUUCAUCCAGUGUAACGGCAAGCAGGUUCUACUAUGAGUUAUUCGUACAACAUUUGUUAAAUUUAGGCUUACUGUAUGCUUGGAGAAGUUGCGAAUGAGUACAAAGACGACAGUAUCUGCGUCAAAGAAGUGGAAAGCGAUGGAAAGCUGAACUCCCUGUACCAAGUUAGUCUUGAGUCGUACACAAAAUCCUACUCAGUUUAAAUAUUUCAUCAGUAGAAAAAAUCUUAAAAGUUCCAAUCUAUUUAAUCAUCUAGUUUUUAAAAACAGCAGUCGCAGAGUUACGAGAGGUUUAUUUUUGAACUUCAUGAUUUGAUUUUUAAAACCUGGAACGCUGGGCUGAAUGUAUAUUCAAAAUACUCUAUUUACAGUGAUUCCUGGUUGCGAACAGAAUAAAUUACUUCCAGUGAUUAGAAGUUUUUUCCAAUGAAAAACUCUAUUCAGGUCACGAAACGCGAACCGAUGCCUGAUUAUUCCGGUGAAACACUUUUCGAGCAAGUUUUCGCUAACCGUGACAACAAGUAUGAGUUCUUCGUGUUGUUUUCCAACCAAGAUCUUGAUUUCAGACCAGUUCAUCUGCAUUUGCUAGACUCGCUCAUCGAGGCGAGCAUCGGAGCUCAAGAAAUGGACGUUUGUAAAAACCUGACUGUCGACAUUGUCACCAACGACGAGUUUGUGUUUAUAACAGGGAAGGAUAAAAUUUUCUCUACUUCAGGAAGACCAAAGCCAAUCUCGCUUCUUGGAGGGACACCGUCGGAUUCGUCGUCUCUGAUCGUUACCUGUACGAAGGCAUCACUGUCAACAGGUUUUGUCAUCAGAUAAAUUGUUCACUACGUUUCUUUCUGAACAGAUUCGAACUUCUCGCUCUUGCCAAAGACGACAGCCAAGUGAAUAUUGAGGAUUUGAACGCUGAGAAGACGUUCCCUAUUCUGGACUAUGAUGCGGAACUGACCAUUUUUGAUCGAGCGGAUUAUCUCACUGCUCUCCUCCAAACGGCUGAAGUUGGCGAACUCAAUCAGAAAAACAAAUAAAUGGAAAAUUUCAGGUGAAAGGAAAAGUUGCCAUGUCAAACGGUUUAGUCAAUGGCUAUGUACUGACCCUGCGCGAUCGAAUUCUUCAGUGCUACGGUGAAGACGAAGAAACUACGAAGUCAGUUUCAAACCACGGUAUUCAGCAUUAAACUAAAUAGUAACCAUUAAACAUUUGAAUUUAAUUUCCAGCAUUAAGAACAAACGAUAGACUUUUUUGUGAACUUUUGAGAAGGUGAGAAAUGUGUCUCAAAGCGCAAAGUGGCACUUUUUUCACCUGCUCGACACUUCUCAACGGUUUCAGUGCACUUUUGGCGGCGGCGGCAGCUGACAUGGCAAAUCCGGAAGUGAGCAUGUACGUCCGCUUGGGCAGUUCCGACACUAUCGACCAACUGGCCCAGGUUUUCGAAAAAGUUUUCAUUUUUUUGAAAAAAAUUUAGAAAAAAAGAGGGUUUUUCUAGAUAGAGGCUUUUUAUUUUUUUGAAAAAGUUAAUUGGUCCCUCUGGAAAAAAAGUUUCAUCCAGGAAACUGAAAGCUAAUUUUAAAUAUUAUGAAAAACUGUUAGGAAAUGUCUUCGAAUACAGAUUUCUUUUGACUUUUUGAAGAGAAUCGAGUAGUCGCUGAUCCUGAUUGCAAACUUUCAGAACGCUACAUCUCGUGUUCAAAUCACUCGUCUUCACUCCAGAACAAUCGUCAGCAACGUCAAAUGGAACAAAGUCGCCUGCAUGAACGUCGGACUCCAUCUUUUCUGA